AUGGCGUCGGGGCAGCCCACAGGGCAGCUGGCGGCGGGCGGCGGCGGCCUGAUGCUGCCGCCGCCGCCGCGGGCGCCCAAGCGCCAGCAGGUGCUGGAUGAGGAGGAGUAUUGCGGCACGAUGGAGGCCCUCAUCGAGCGGGACUUCUUCCCCGAGCUGCCCAAGCUGGAGAGCAAGAUUGCCUGGCUGCAGGCCAUCCGCAGCGGCCAGCCCGAGCAGAUCCGGCAGGCGCAGCUGAUGAUUGCGCAGCGGCGCGCCGCCGCAGCGGCGGGCGCCACCCCGGCCGGCGCGCCGCUCUUCACGCCCGGCGGCACCGCGGCGCGCGCGAUCGCUGGCGACACGCCCUACAUCCCCGUCCUCCCGCUGGGCAUGCCGCUGCGUGAGGCGCGGCCCGCCACCGGUGGCAGCCUCGCGGCGGUCGAGGAGGAGGAGGAGGAGGAGGAGGGGGCAGGGGUGGUGGUGCCGCCGCCCGUCUCCCUCGACACUUUCCUGGCGCACAACACCGGAGAGGACAACGCGUCCUUCCAAGAGCUGCUGGAGCAAGUGAACAAGAAGCGGAGGCUGCGCGUCGCCGAGCAGCUGGCGCAGCAGCCUGACCCCACGCUGCUCAUCACCGACGGUCGGGAGCGCACCGACGGCUUUGGCACCACGGGGCAGCAGCCCGACACUCUGGUGCUCUGGAAGUACGAGCCCAAGAACACGCUGUACUACGACAGCAGCCAGCGGGAGGCGCUGCCCUACUCUGGCGCGGAGCUGGCGGCGAUGGUGCAGGGGCCGGCCAAGAGCAUCAACCACGCCGCCACCCGCUUCCCAAAGGACCCCGCAGCCUCCGCCUCCGCCACCCCCAGCGCCAGCACCGCGGGCGGCGCCGCGGGGCCGGCGGCGGGCGCGGCGGCGGCGGCGGCGGGCGGCGGCACGCGGGGCUACAGCAUCCUGGCCCCCCCCCAGUUCGACCCGGGGGCGGAGGGCACCCCAUUCAUGACCUGGGGAGACAUAGACGCCACCCCCAUGCGCAUCGAGGCCGAGGACCUGCCCCCAGGCGGGCUGAUGGAAGGGCCCAGCUUCUACAUAAAGGAGGGCACCCGCAAGGAGAAGGCGGCGCAGCAGCUGGCACACAGGGCCGGCGCCUCGCUGCGCAAGAAGCAGGGCAUGCGGGGCGGCACGCCGCUGGUCAGCGGCGCGCUGGCGGCGGCGGCGGCGGCCCGCCGCCAGGCCACCGGCGCGCCGCUGACGGGCAGCCGCGGCGGGCGGCCCGCCACGGCGGGCGGCCAGCAGCCGCGAGGCAAGCCGCUGUCCGCCGCGGCGCAGCGUCUCGCCUCCUCCAUGCACCGUAAGCAGCCCGGCGCCGACAUGGGGCUGCGAGCCAGCUACCGCGGCGCCACGCCCGGCACCUCGCGCCGGCCUGGCACGGGCGCGCGGCCGGCAUCCAGCGCGGGGGGCAGCACCUGGGGAGGCGCCGCGGCGCCCAGCCGCGGCUGGACGCCUGCGGGAACCCCCCAGCCGCCGCAUGCCACUCUGGAGGAGGAAGAGGCGCGGGUGCAGGCGGUGCUGCGGCAGCGGCACAAGGAGGCGGAGCAGCGGCGGCAGCUGGAGGAGGCGCGGGAGGCGGCCAAGCAGGCAUUCCAGCCCGAGCUGCAGAGGCCGGCGCCGGUGGUGCCCGCAGCGCAGCCGGCGGCGGGCGGGCAGGGCGCCGACUUGACGGCCGGCCUGCUCAACAUCUGA